CCACCCACCCCGCGACUAACCUGACCCGGAGUGCCCCUGGGACCCGCGGCUCCCCAGAGGGGCCCACGAGGGAGCGGGUGCGACGCGUGGCUGUGGGUGGGAGCCAUGGACGCCUUCAUCCGCGUCGCCAACCAGAGCCAGGGCCGGGACCGACUCUUCAGAGCCACUCAACAUGCAUGUAUGUUCCUUAGAUAUUUGUUAGAGUCUAAAGCUGGCAAAGAGGCAGUGGUAAUGAAGCUCAAGAGUCUGGAGUCCAGUGUGAGCACUGGCCGCAAAUGGUUCAGACUAGGCAAUGUGGUCCAUGCCAUCCAGGCGACGGAACAGAGCAUCCAAGUCACUGACCUCGUGCCCCGCCUAUGCCUGACAUUAGCCAACCUCAACCGCGUGGUUUAUUACAUCUGUGACACUGUCCUCUGGGUGAAGAGCGUGGGUCUUACCUCUGGAAUCAACAGAGAGAAAUGGCAAAUGAGGGCAGUUCGCCACUACUACUAUUUUCUCCUUCUGAGUCUGGUCCGGGAUCUAUAUGAAAUCUUGUUGCAGAUGGGACAAGUUGCACGUGACAGAGCAAAGAGGGAGAAAUCAUCCCGGAACCCUCCUGAGUACAGCGUAGUCAAUGAAGAAACUGAAUGGCUGCAGUCCUUUCUACUACUCCUAUUCCAGUCUCUAAAGCGACAUCCCCCCUUGCUCCUAGACACUGUGAAAAACAUCUGUGACAUCCUGAUCCCCUUGAACCAGCUUGGGAUCUAUAAGUCCAAUCUCGGCGUCGUAGGGCUUGGAGGUCUUGUGUCCUCUCUGGCUGGCCUCAUCACUGUAGUAUAUCCUCAGUUGAAACUGAAGACCCGCUAGGGUGUUCGGAGGCUUGGAAGCUAACCAAUCAGUGAAACAAAGGUGGUUUUUGUCGUGAUGUCUACUGUGCUUAAUUUUUUAAUCAUUUGAGCACCUUAUCAACCUGAAAUGUGAGCAGAAGAGGGGCCAACAAUGGAGCAUAAAGACUGAUGCAGUUUUUAAGUGCUGCCAUAACUUCUGAAUUUCUGAAUAUCUUCACUUCAGCUAACAUUACUGAGCAUCUUUUACAGUACAUAGUAAAACAUAGUGUUUGCUGAAUGACUAGAGAUGGAAAGGAAAGAAAUCAUAAAGACCCAAAGAAACCAGAAUUGAGUUGUAUGGGUCCUUGAUUUCACAGGAACACAUCCGAGCUGGAGUGCAGUACUCCUAGCUCUGGCUUUGGCCUCCCUUUCUUCCCAUCACUGAUUAUCCCCCAUUCCCACAGAUUUCAGUACUGGGAUGGAGGAGAACUGGGCUUAGAGCCUCUUACCCUGCUGGCCCUGGCCAUUGCUGCAUUGCGUCCUGAUGUCCAGAAGUAGACUCAGAAAAGCGUCAGUACCUUCAUGGUCUAUGUUUUGCAUCUUUGGGUAGAAGCCUGUCAGUAAUGCUGUAAGUAAGCAAGCGAGCAACUGAAGACACUGAAGCUGAAAGUAGGUAGUAGGUCACUGGUGCCUGUUACGUAAUCCAUGACAGAUAUGGAAGCUGAUGCUAAAAAACAAAACUGAUAACAGAUUCAUUCUGAUUCUUUCCAAGAUGGCUCCUGUGCCAUCUGGUGACCUGCAGCAGCAUUUCCAGACCCCUGAGCCCCUAGCCUUUCCCCUAAACAUGCCCCUACCUGGGCCCCACUUUAAUUGAUGGUCUCUGUUUUAGUCUAUGAAAAUCAAAACAAUCUAUCUAGACUUACCCAGAUUUUAUUUAAAGCUACACAAUUUUAAAGCCACAGUAACUUUCAGCAAAAUAAGAGAAUUUAAAAAUUUCCUGUCUAUGAAUGUAGGAAUGUCAAUUUUCUGUGAAAAAUCAGAGGUAUCAGGACAGCUGGGAGGGAUAGGAAAGAACAGUGUGGCCACUGAAGAGGACGUGGAAUGCUGAGUCAGUGGCCUUUGCCCAUGCUCACUCUUCCCAUUUCAGUCUUCCUAUCUUGAGCUUGGUUAGCUUAGGUGUGUGGAGUGGGGAAACACUGGCCAGCAGGUAGGCCAGUGUCCACACUUAUAAAGCCAUAUAUGUAUGUGUGUGUGUAUAUAUAUAUGUAAAUGUAUAUAUAUGUGUGUGUGUAUAAUUUAAGUGGAAAUGAAAAAUAUGCACUAAAUAACUGCUUCCCAUAAAUGUGAUGAAGAUUCUUGAAAAGUGGACUCAGGUUCUUGCCAUUCUAUUUUUAAAGUGAUAAUGUGCUUUGAGAAAACUUUGGGGGGCUUUUGAGAACAAUUAAGUAGCUAAAAUAAGACAGAUACAUCUAAAUGACUAUUUGUACUCUAACACAUUAAUUAUGUCUAAUAAAUUUCUAGAUAAAAUCAA